GCCACGCCACGUCCCCUUCGCUGUGUAUUUCCGCCAGAUAGUCAGCUGUCUGCUGUACCUGCGAUCACCUGGCCGAAACACACCUGAAAUGACAGACCAAGGGCUGACUAACGAAGCAGCUGCCUCUGCAUGUAAAGAGGGAGACCCCAUCACUAAAGACUUCAUGAUGCAGCAGACAAUGUUGCGGGUAAAGGAUCCCUUGAAAUCCCUGGACUUUUAUACACGCAUCCUGGGAAUGACGCUGUUGCAGAAGUUUGAUUUUCCCGCCAUGCGAUUCACCUUGUAUUUCCUGGGUUUUGAGGAUGAGAAAGAGAUCCCUGUAGAUGUAAAAGAGAGGACCGCUUGGACAUUCUCCCGUCGAGCCACUAUAGAGCUCACCCAUAACUGGGGCUCAAAGACGAAUGAGAGCAUGUCUUACCACAAUGGCAACUCAGACCCACGAGGCUUUGGCCAUAUUGGAAUCGCUGUGCCAGAUGUCCAUGCUGCCUGCAAGAUAUUUGAAGAGCAAGGAGUGUCGUUUGUAAAGAAACCUGAUGAUGGUAAAAUGAAGGGCCUGGCCUAUAUUCAGGAUCCUGAUGGUUAUUGGAUUGAGAUCCUCAGCCCCAAUAGCAUGGUGUCCAUCACUUCUUAAAGGCUUCUCUUAUGCUGUGACCUGAAUAGAAGAAGCUAGUUAUGAAAAUCAAGGACUGUCGGAUUAUCAGACAGAGAUAUUAUUCUGUGGAUGGCAAAGAAAAGUGCACAAUGAAGACAGACGAUCUUUAUGAAUGAUCGCGGCAGUGCACUAGAAAUCUGGUGGCUGAAAUAUAAAAGUGUUCAAUACAAAUAGGUUUUUGUGAAUUUAAAAUAUAUAUUUUGUAACGCAGUCUUCCAUAGAUUCUAUCAUUAAAAUCCUGCCUUUUUUGUUAAGUAAAACAAACAAGUGUUUUUGUUGAGCGUCUCUUUUGUUAA